GCUUAAGUUAAACGGGUCGGGUCCUGGAACCCGACAACUUCCGGUCUCUCUCCCCCCGAAACGAGCGCCGGAACCCUAAUUUUUCCCCGGCGAAAAAAGCGACGGUGGGUGUCACCGAUCGCCUCUCGAUCAAUGACGACGGGCAAAAAAUCUUCUAGUCACUCAAGCAAAAAACUCAAAGAUGUGGAGAUCAGCUUUCCGAUUGUAUACGGGACUAUAGCAUUCUGGCUUGGGAAAAAAGCAAGCGAGUACCAUUCACAUAAGUGGACUGUUUAUGUUCGCGGGGCAGGAAAUGAGGAUUUAAGUGUAAUAAUUAAGCGUGUUGUGUUUCAACUACAUCCUAGUUUCAACAAUCCAACAAGGGUUGUAGAAUCGCCACCUUUUGAAUUGUCGGAAUCUGGAUGGGGAGAAUUUGAGAUUGUAAUAUCCCUCUUCUUUCACAGUGAUGUUUGUGACAAGCAACUGGACUUAUACCACCAGCUUAAACUAUAUCCUGAUGAUGAUAGUGGACCUCAAACAACAAAAAAACCGGUUGUUAUUGAAACUUAUGAUGAGAUUGUUUUCUCUGAGCCAUCUGAAGCCUUUUUUCUGAGAGUCCAAAAUCAUCCAGCUGCAAUUGUUCCCCGGCUACCUGCCAGUUUUAACUUGCCGCCACCUGGUCCUCCUGAACAUGUCAAUGAAAGAAAAAGAGGUGACACCAAGGACCACCCGCUUAGUCAAUGGUUCAUGAAUUUCUCGGAGGCGGACGAGCUGUUGAAACUUGCUGCUGCUCGGCAACAGGUUCAAGCCCAUAUUGUCAAGCUGAGGAGACAGCUGAGCAUGAUAGAUGGUCUGCCACCACAAUCGAAAGCUCCUUCUGGCCAGUGAUUCUUUCCGGCGAUCAAAUGCUACCCUACUGAUUUACAGAAAAGCGAAAAGUAGUGAUGACUUGAGGAUGCGUUAAACUGCUAAUAAGUUCAAUCAGUUCUUUUUUGUAUGUUUUUGUGUAAAAGGAAAGUUAUAGUCUGUACCCAAUUGUAGGAAACUGGGAGAAGAAUGCACUGUAUGUAUUAUUGCCUGUUAUUGGAAUGUGCUGACUUGGCGAGGUGAGAUCGACUUUGCCUUUUUUG